AGAGGGCGGGGUAAGGUUCCUCUGGCAUGACUUUUUUUUUGAGAAACAUGUGAAUGUGUUUCUCAAAUGGGUUUUUCAAAAAUAAGGCAUGCCAGACAACCCUUUUCCUCUUAUCUAUGAUGCUUGGUAAGGUAAAAGCAGUAGCUAAUAAAGGGCUGCAUUCAGGUGCAUAGAUGCAACCAAGGAAACCACAACCUGUGUGACCCAAGCAGGGUUACUGUCACUGGGAUGCCUUGAAGGUCUCUCAUUCACAGUUCGAGGUAGAGGUAGAUAAGUACAAUAAAAUUGUACUGUUAGUGAGCUUCUUUCUCGAGACUUUUCUCCAGCAUCAAUCAGGGAGAAAAGGUGAAAUAGACGGACGUGGCUUCUCAAAGGAGUCACUGAAGUCUCAAAAAUGGCGACGGGUGGUUCACAAGGAAGUAAUGUUCCUGAAAAAAACCUUCGCCUUACUACUUCAGCAGUAGCUGUCCUCUUAUCUGGAACAACUUUUGUGCCAGUUAAGAAAUUCGACGUUGGGGAUGGAAUGUUCUUCCAGUGGGUUCUAUGUGCUGGCAUCUCAGCAGUAGGUCUAGUUGUUGAGUUCACUCAGAGAAGCCCUACAUUUUGGCCUCUUGCUAUGGUUGGGGGCUUUUUAUGGGCUACAGGUAAUGUCACGGUUGUUCCUAUUGUAAAAACCAUUGGGCUAGCCCUUGGUCUUUUAAUCUGGGCUUCUUUUAACCUGCUUACUGGCUGGGCCAUCUCAAGGUUUGGUUUGUUUGGAAUUGAGCCAGAACCAGUUGCAAAGCCUGUCUUGAACUAUGUUGGAGCUGGACUUUCAAUGCUCAGCAUCAUCCUGUUCCUUUUAAUUAAAAAUGAUGAUGAAGGUUCACCAUCUACAUCAGAAUUUACGCCAUUAUCUAAAGAUGAGCAACUCAAUGCUUGCGAACGUGGGCUUUAUCAAAAGCCAAAAAACGCUGCUGAACAAGGAACUGAAAACAAAGACAAUGUGUCAUGGUUGAAAGGACUUUCUCCACUGAAAAAGAGAAUAGUAGGCUGCUCUCUGGCUGCGAUCGCUGGCAUAUUGUAUGGUUCUAGUUUUGUGCCUAUACUUUAUAUCAAGUACCAUGGCAAAAGGAAUGUACCGGGCUAUGAAGGAGCCAGUCAGACUGAUUUAGAUUAUGUUCCUGCACAAUUCCUUGGUAUCUUUGUUACAAGUACCAUCUACUUUUUGAUCUACUGGAGAGCGAUGUCAAAUAAUGUUAAAGUUGAUUUUGAAACCGUAAUUCCAGGUUUUAUUUCUGGCAUACUGUGGGCAAUCACCACUUGCUAUUGGUUUAUUGCGAAUGGAUACCUUGCUGCUAUAGUCAGCUUUCCCAUAAUAACCGCAGGUCCUGGCAUUCUAGCUGCAGUGUGGGGAGUGCUGGUGUUCAAAGAAAUAAAGGGACUGAAGAACCAUGUCCUGCUCAUUGUUGGAUUUUGCUUCAUCGUAGCUGGAUUGCUUUCAACCAUUUUUUCAAAAACCUGAAGAUAACAUCACUUGAACCAGCAGAUGGCACCAUCAGUUUAAUAACUUUGUGUAUAUAGUUUUAUGUAGGUGUGUAGGUUAUAUAGGACGUUAUAUAGGAAGCAUUAAUUAAUUAGGUAUUUAGACUUGUAUCCUAUCUCUAAGCUAUUUCAUUAUAUGUUUAUGUGUAAUAAAGAUAUUCCAUAAUCCAAA